UCUCCCUCAGCUGUGGGACGAGGUAUGAAAGGCUCCUGGCUCUCUGAUCUUCUCAGUGCCUAUAUUUACCAAGCAUGCCGUGAUUAAAACUUAAAAAGGUCAGGAAUUUGAGCAGAGGUCGGCUGAGAAGGACGUAAACUAUUUAACGAUUAUGUGAGGACGUUGUCUCGUCUGGAAAAGUGAACCGGCAGAUGCAAUACAAUAUCAAACCACUUGUCAGGAGUUGCCUUCUGUUGGGACACUUCCACCGUGGGAAUCCAAGUCAUGAAAACCAUCUCACUGCACUGAAUCAGUGUCAGCAGCAGCAGCAGCAGCAGCAGCAGCAGCAGCAGCAGCAGCAGAACAAACCUGCUGCCAAUUUCCUUUUUCAACUCUAAUGACUGAUAUGAAAUUAGGCUACUUUUUUUCAGACUGGUGCUUUUCAAAAAUCUUGGUGGGAAAGGAAUCAUAUUUUUAGUUUGUCUCCUCGGGAAAGAGCAAAUCUGACUUUUCAGCCUGCAUGAAUUGAUGGUUUUGUAUUUUUCUUGCAAAGACAGAAGGAAGAGGAAGCCAUUAUGAAAUGGGAGAAGUUAAAGCCUCCAGAGCCAGAUGAUGCUAUGUGCUGCUGUGAGUGCGACAUCUAUCAGUACGGAUGCUGCUGUGACUGCGAAGACUUGGACGAAGCCUUCAACAGGUGGCUGAAGGACAGACCCUCUAAAGGUCUAUGUCAGUCCUCUGUUCUUGGGGCUGUGAUCGACAACCUGGAGAUCUCCAUGAUCCCAGCUCUGGUGCUCCUGCCUCUCCUGCUGCAGGUUGCAUCCCUGCAUUACCUGCUGGGCAUCAUCAUCCUCACAGCUCUGCCCGGCCUGGUCCUCUGGUACUACUACGCCACGCACCGGCGGAAGAGACGCACCCUCUUCUUCCUCACCCUUGCACUCUACUCCCUGGCCUACAUGUAUUACCUCUUCAUCACAGAGAUCUUACCACGCGGGGACGUCAGCCCGGUGCAGGUGUGUACUUUGACUGCUGGGAUGUUCCUCACCAUUGGCUCUCUCAUUCACACCAAGCGAGGCCCAGGUUUUGUGACCACUUCUCUCUGUGAGACGCACAACAAGGACUCUGCACGGCUUAGAGGAGCCACUCAGUCAGACGCCUCCUCCUCCUCCUCCUCCUCCUCCUCCAACGGGAAUGAAACAAAAGCAGCCGCGACAUCCAAAUGGAGCAGGUGCCCCGUGUGCAACAUAGUGCGACCCCCACGGGCUGGACACUGUCGAACCUGUGGCUCCUGCGUCCAGCGCCUGGACCACCACUGUAUCUGGAUAAACAGCUGUGUCGGACAGGAAAACCACCGCAGCUUCCUGCUGACCCUGUCUGUGUUCGUGCUGACGUCCAUGUACGGGAUCAGACUGGUGCUUUUCAGCCUCUGCCCUCAGCAGCAUGUCGCGACGGCUCUCUUCUACUGCCCCAGUGUCUACAGUCAGUCCAGCACGGCACUUUGCUUCACCUGUGCUUGGUACAGCAGCAUUGUUACAGGUGGACUGUUGUACCUGUUAGUGGUGCAGGUUAUUAAUAUCAGCUUCAACGUGACGGAGCGCGAGGCUCAGCUGGCUCUGAGGAACAAAGUGGGCCAGAGCCGCCUGUGGGGGCUUGUCGUGGUCACAGGAGAACAUUCACGUGGCUUCUGUCAGAACUGGGUUGAGUUCCUCACAAUGACAGACAGCUCAGCUUCCCCUCGCUCCAGCCUCACUGACUUGGUCUAAUUGUGCUUAACUACCUU